UCACGAUCGCUUCAGUUUGUCGUGUUUACAGGUGGAAAACCAACGAGUGUACGAACGGAACCAUGAUAAAGAACGAGAGAAACUGCUCUGUUCGAGCAGAUUCGUUUGUUUUACAAUACAGAUUAGACAGAGCUGAAGUGGUUAAAAGUGUUGGGCCUAAGCUUGUCCCAUUCCUGAAGACUGUCUGUGUGUACUUUGUAGCAUGGCUUCCCGAAACAGAGAAACCAACAGUCUUUGCAGCUCUCCUCAAAAUCCUUCCAAUUCUGUGUCUUUGUGGAUUCGUCAGUCUGCAAGGGAUAAGUCUGGAGAAAGAACAUAACUACAGCAGGCGAAUUAUGCUGGGUCUUAUCUUCUCAGGCAUUGGUGAUAUUUUCCUUGUAUGGAAAAACACAUAUUUUAUCCAUGGAAUGGCUGCAUUUGGCAUAGCACACAUUUUGUACAUCCGAGCUUUUGGGUUUCAAGCCAAGAAUUGGCUUGUGGGACUGCUGUGUACGUUGCCUGGGUUUUUGAUAUACUACAUAUGUUACCCUGGACUGAAGGGAAAACUGGUGAUUGCCGUUUUGAUCUAUGGUUUUGUAAUCACUGGAAUGAUGUGGAGGGCCAUUACAUGCGUUCAAAACCAGAUUGAAGAGAAUGGACUGUGCCGCUGGACAAGAAUGAGUGCCUGCAUCGGUGCUGCCUUAUUUUACCUAUCAGACAAUAUCAUUGCUAUCAACAAGUUUUGCUUCCCUGUGCCUGGGUCGAGAGUAUUGAUUAUGACCACUUAUUAUGCUGGGCAGAUGUUUAUUGCAGUGUCUGCUUUUAACAUCGAGGAAGAGUAUAAUCUGAGAAUGAAAAGCUGUAAAAAGUGUGACUCAUAAAUAGUUAACUGUGGUUAUAUUCACACUGUAAAAUUCUGAAAACAAGCAUCUUUUCUCCCGUAAUACUCUCCUCCAAAAUAAGUUUGUCAUACCUGUGGGAAGCAAAAAAGGUCCAAAAAUAAUCCUAGCUAUUGAUCAGCCAUGCAUAGAUGCAUGAGCUUUAUGCUUAUAGUGUUAGGUCUAACAGAUGACAUUAUUUCUUUGCAUCUUAGUUCUCUACUUUAAACUGUUUGGUGUUUAUAAUAACCUUCCAGGUUUUAAUUUAAUUAAUGACUGUAUCAUUUAAUAAGCUUUUUGGGUUCUUUGACUUUUUUUUAAUAAUUUCCUUUUGUUGGAAAAAGCCCAGCCAAAGCCUUACUAACAAAAUGAAUUCCCUUAUUUUUUGUCAGAAAAAAAUUGGUUUGAGCUUUGACGUCAUUGUAUAUUACGUGUUUUACUCUGAGUGGAAGCUUGCAAUGCGUAUUAUUUAUUUUUAAGAUAAUUUUUGUUAUGCUUAAAAAAUUGGGACUGUGUACUAAUAUUUGUGCUUAUUUACUGAAUGGAUGAAGUAUUUUAUGUUAUGAACUGUACCUUAAUUUCAGUCGAAGGUCGUAUUUUCUGAAAUACAAUUCAUCAAAGAUUUUUGUUACAAAUACUUCCUACUGACAUCAACAAGGAAAAUUUGCAUAAUGAUGACAUCCAGGACUAAAUUAUAUAGUACAAUGUAUUAAACUGGUUGUUAGCAUUUGAAAUGCAAUGAUUG